AUGGUCUUGACUCUUCGACAUUUUAUUCUGAAGCAAGAAGUCUUCAACUUGUAUCGCCACGCCAUACGAAGUGUCAUCCAGAGGUUCUCCGUCUUUUUUGCUGUUCUUCUACCACAACCUCAAUAUCUCUCAAAGCAAUCCCUGAUCCCGCAACCAGGAAAGAAACUAUCCAAUGGAUCAGGGCAGAUUUUGAACGGAACCGCCACCUCACGGACGUUCGUCGGAAUCCAGUUCCUCAGCGACUUUUGUCAAGAGCGAGAUGGGCCUGAAGCCCCAAAACAGUUGAAACUGGGCGGCCGACGCAUUUCUUUCACACUGGGAAAAGUCGCUGUGCGACCGGAGGCGGUGGACCGCACCGAGCGAUUCCUGUACACCGCGGCAGUGGUCUUGGCGCGACGGGAGAGAGACAAGCGGCUGCUGCUGGAUGGACGUAUCGGAGCUGACGUCCUACAAAUUGGAUGGCUGUGCCGGGACAACGUGUUCUCAGUCGAAUGGCAGGCCGAUCUGGCCGCGAGCGGUGUCUUGUCCGUAAACCAGGAGCGCAGAGAGUUCAGACUGACGUUCACCGUGACGCAUCCCUAUGAACUGACCUACCACGUGGCCAUUCCAUUCUCCAGGAUCAACUCGAUUCUGGCACAUUCGCAGCAAGGGUCCAUCUUGUUCUUUGAUCUGGCUGAUCCACCCAACUUUGAAUCUUCGAGCAACACUUCAUCCAAGCGAACACGGCUGUCCUUUCUUCCCAUUGGGGACCACGAGAGAUUGGCGCCGUACAUAUCGCUUGCCCUUCGAAUCGCCUGCAGAAAUGCAAAAGCCUCAGGCCUAUUCCGGCAACUGGCUAGAACCGCAGCCUUCAAAAAUGUUCAUGACACGGAACUUCCCGUCGAACGUCGCGCUUUAUUCAGGCAGGAUGUUCUCCAGUUGAACGUUCGAAUCGAAUCAUCCGUUCGUUCUCUCCUCGGUUUCACGAAUCGUUCCUUCGACUUCUUGGAUGAAGGCGGGAUGCAGUAUCGAUUUGAACGCGAGGUUGACUACGUAGCAUUGACAAGACUUCGAGUUGGCGCGUUUCUCAUUGACCGAGGAUUGACCAUCGCGGGGAGAGAUUUCGAGUUUCUGGCGUAUUCACAAUCCGAGCUCAAGGAGCAUGCUGUUUGUGCGCCCAUUCAGGGACACAAAUCAAAAGCUCAUCAAUGCUGCACACAUCAUCAUCACCAUCGGGCGUCCGACCCCGAGCUCACGCACUGUCCUGCUCGCUACGCUGCCCGCAUUUCGCAGGCCUUCACGGCCUCUGAUUCGACAGCAUUAAAGGUGGACGAAGUCAUUUAUUUGUCCGACAUGUCGGUCCCAUCCGGAAAGUACCAUUUCACAGACGGUGUUGGGACUAUGAGCUUGGGAUUGGCCCAGUCGAUCUGGGCUGAGCUCAGACCAACACGGCGCAGAAACCGGCGCUUGGUCAACAAUGCGCUCCGUGCUGUCCAGAUACGAUUCCAAGGCUCUAAAGGCAUGUUCUCCGUGGAUUACAAGCUCAAAGGCCACGUCUUUUGCCUGCGACCGUCUAUGAUCAAAUUCAGUGCUCCACACUCGACCACCAUCGAAAUUGCCAUGACAUUCGAUAAACCUGGUCCCUACUAUCUGAAUAGGCCUCUCAUCAUGCUCCUCCGUGAAUCCUGGUGUCUAGAUCGAUCGAUCGGAACUUAUUUCUUGUCGUCAGAGGGCCUCGGAGUCGAUUACGAGAUUUUCAAGGCAUGCAUUCCAGCGGAUUCAGCUCGAUCCACUCUGGUGUCGGGUGACGCAUUCUACACCAAGACGCUUGAUUUUGCCAUCCAUCAUAUGCUUCGACUCCUGAAGACCAAAGCUCGCAUCCCGAUGCCAGCUCAGGUCACAUUAGUGGGAGAGCGGCCGUGUCCCAGUAUGCUAGGCGGAGGAGAUUUGGACGGCGACACGUAUCAUCUGAUCCCUCAGGAGAAACACCCUGAGCUCCGUCCCAGUCGCAUCUGUCCUCCGGCAGAAUAUGCCCCUUCCCCUCAAAAACUAGUGGCUCGCCCGAGCACCUCUGCAGAUAUUCGGGAAUUCGUUAUCGAAUACAUCAACAGUGAUGCUGUCGGAAUAGUUGCCACAAACUGGCUGCUCAUUGUAGACCAAUCCCCCCAUCAUAUCUUUGAUCGGGAUUGUCUCAAACUUGCGAAAUUGCACUCGGACGCCGUCGAGUAUCCCAAAAGCGGACAACGGGUGGCGGUCGAAACCAUUCCCAAACCAAAGUCACGCUCCAAAACAGACUGGCAUGCACCCGAGCUGCAUGCGAACAUGGGCUACCAGCGAGCCAUUGGGAAACUUUUCCGAGCCAUCGAUUUGGGCGAAAUCCAGGCAGACUCGUUAUCUCCGGCAGACUCGGUAUCUCCGGCGGAACGGCGUCGGCUGCGAGCAGGGGCUCGACCUCGUCGCGACAUACAAGUCUUGACCAGUGCCCUCGAGCAAACCCGGAUAGAAGAUCCUAUCCUGCACGCCCUUAGACCGAUCGUCAAGCGACACACUCGCGUCGGAACAGAUAAAGGCCAUCGGAUUUUUCGUGACAUCGCACAGAUCUUCAGCCGUUACACCUCGGAGCUGCAAUCCAUCUGUGUCCUCGCACACGGUAUCGCACGGGCGAGCUGCCCUCCUCUCCGAGGAGAAGGCGGUUAUCUCACCGGGCCAUCUAUCCAGAACCUGAUCUCCACUCCGCGAGAAAGGACGGACAUGCUUGUCCAGGGCGUCAAGGAAGAGCAGCUGGAGGAUGACGCCGUGGGAUGGGCCGAGGUGUUGCGCCGUGGCUGGCUAUCUCUCGAGCUGGCUGUCACUGAGCGGAAUGCAUUUGGCGCACAAAGUUUCAUAUGGAUUGCACUGGCAGUCAUUUUGAAACAGUGA